GCAGGGGCACUUUCGUAAAUUAGAAAUGCUCGGAACUUCGGAUAUGGUUUCCAUCGUCUCGUCAACUGCUGAAUUCUUUUCUCUCUUUCUGGAUUUCCUCAAAUGAAGGCAGAGAGGGUUUCAUCGUUCAAUCGAGAAUCGUUCUUUCAAAUAAUGCUAACUGUGUUGUAAAUUUGUUAUACAAAUAAUAAUUAAUAAAUAAAGCUCUGUUGCUGCGAUCUGAUCUGAUCCGAUCUCAUCGAAAUUUUCGAAUUCGGAUUUCUCGCUUGUAGUGGGAAGGCAUCUAUGCCCCAACUGGUUCUUAUUCGUUCUAUGAUCGUUGGUUCAAUAAGAGCAUUUUAACUUCACUCUUAGAAUGAAACAAGACAUGUGGCAAUUUGUCAAAACUACACAAGUGCUCCAAUUAUCAGCAAUGCCUUUUCCCCAAAUUGUGGUUGACUUACAGACCAAAACUUCUCAUUAUCUACAACCUACACUAGGGAUUGUCUCUCAAAGGGUGUAUGCAGUAAUUAUACCCUAGAAGAGUGCACCUUGGGUAGCACACACUAUCCGAAGAUGGCAUGAGUUCAAUCUUUUGAUUUGUUGAAUACUGGAGCUGUUUAUUUUAUUGGAUUUAUGGCCAACCUUUCUUUAACUGGAUCUGAUCAGCAACUAGUUGCAGUUGACCAUUCMUUAGUUAUUGGACAAGAAUUCCCUGAUGUUGAAACAUGUAGAAGGACACUCAAAGAGAUAGCCAUAGCCUUGCAUUUUGAUCUUCGGAUUGUGAAAUCAGACCGGAGCCGAUUUAUUGCCAAAUGCUCCAAGGAAGGAUGUCCAUGGCGUGUCCAUGUAGCAAAGUGCCCAGGUGUUUCAACGUUUUCAAUCAGAACUUUGCAUGCGGACCAUACUUGUGAAGGAGUUCGCAACCUCCAUCAUCAACAAGCUUCAGUGGGUUGGGUUGCCAGAUCCGUAGAAGCACGGCUUCGAGAUAAUCCGCAGUACAAACCAAAAGAAAUAUUGCAAGACAUCCGUGAACAACAUGGGGUUGCUGUUUCUUACAUGCAAGCUUGGCGUGGAAAGGAACGCAGCAUGGCUGCAGUUCAUGGAACCUUUGAGGAAGGAUAUCGCCUCCUUCCUGCAUAUUGUGAACAAAUCAGAAGGACGAAUCCAGGAAGUAUUGCAUCAGUGUUUGCUACUGGGCAGGAGAAUUGCUUCCAACGCUUAUUUAUUUCUUACCGAGCUUCAAUCUAUGGCUUUAUAAAUGCAUGCAGGCCACUUUUGGAACUUGACAGAGCACAUCUAAAAGGAAAAUACCUAGGUACUUUACUCUGUGCUGCAGCCAUUGAUGCUGAUGAUUCAUUGUUUCCACUGGCAUUUGCCGUAGUUGAUAUGGAAAGCGAUGAAAAUUGGAUGUGGUUCUUGUCUGAGUUGCGCAAACUUCUUGGGGUUAACACUGAAAACAUGCCCAGGCUAACAAUAUUAUCCGACAGACAAAAAGGCAUCGUAGAGGCAGUAGAAACACAUUUCCCAAGUGCUUUCCAUGGAUUUUGUUUGCGCCAUGUCAGUGAAAAUUUUCGUGAUGAGUUUAAGAAUACAAAAUUGGUAAACAUAUUCUGGAAUGCUGUGUAUGCACUCACUGCUGCUGAAUUUGAAGCCAAGAUUGCUGAGAUGGCAGAGAUUUCACAAGAUGUCCUGCAAUGGCUUCAGCGUUUUCCUCCCCGCCAAUGGGCAGUAGCAUAUUUUGAGGGGGUACGCUAUGGUCACUUUACCUUGGGUGUCACAGAACUGUUGUACAACUGGGCCCUUGAAGGUCAUGAGCUUCCUAUUGUGCAGAUGAUGGAGCAUAUCCGUCAUCAAUUGACAUCUUGGUUCAAUGAGCGUCGUAACAUGGGCAUGACCUGGAACUCAAUUCUUGUACCAUCCGCCGAGAAGCACAUUUUAGAAGCAAUUGCAGAUGCUCGUUGUUAUCAAGUACUUCGCGCGAAUGAAGUGGAAUUUGAGAUUGUCUCAACUGAGCGGACCAACAUUGUGGAUAUACGCAGUCGCCAGUGUUCAUGUCGCCGUUGGCAGAUUUAUGGUGUACCAUGUGCACAUGCUGUUGCUGCACUCAUCUCUUGUGGCCAAAAUGCCCAUCUAUUUGCCGAGCCUUGUUUCACAGUAGCAAGCUAUCGUGAAGCCUACUCACAAAUGGUAAAUCCUAUUCCAGACAGGAGUACCUGGAAAGAUCCUGGUGAGGGAACAGAGGGUGGGGGUGCUAAAGUUGACAUCACAAUACGCCCACCCAAGACUCGUCGCCCACCUGGCCGACCCAAAAAGAAAGUCCUUCGCAUAGACAACUUUAAGCGCCCAAAGAGGGUUGUUCAGUGUGGCCGUUGCCAUAUGUUGGGACAUUCUCAAAAGAAAUGCAGAAUGCAAAUUUGACAUUAAUUCCAACUAAAUUUUGCUACUUGUUGAAAGUUUGUAUUCUUUUUUGCAACUUUCCAGUGGCAAUAUAGAAUCUAUGGUGUGGCUUGUAAUUCUUGUAUUGUCUUUAAUUGUUUUCUUGUGGUUUAGCCGAGCGUUUAGGAUUUCCUCCAUUUAUGAUCUUUAUGCAAUGGUAGCCACAUUUGUUGCA